CGCUAUUGUCGAACGCGUGCCCGUCGCGUUGUGUGCGCGGGUGCUCCGUCCCUCCUCGUCCUCCCCGCGGCCUUGACCUCCCCUCCGACUCGCGUGCGAGCUCUCGUCUCCCCACUCUACGCCCCCUGCCCUUCUUUCUUUCCUACACACCGUCAUUGUCCCCUUCUCUUUACGUCAUCACUAUGUCUUACAACGCCGCACAGACUACGACAGCUGCAGCAGGCUCUGCGGCAGCGACCUUCUCUGUAGAUGCCUACGACGCCACCAGCGGUGGCACAGACUUGCUUACCGGCGACCUCUACUUCCUUGCGGAUGUCUUGCUCUUGUGCGUCGCCGCCCUCUUCUUCCUCCUCGCUCUCCCCCGAGCGAUCACCCGCCUCACCCGCCUCUCCGCCUGGACCGAAGGCCUCUUCCUCCGCGCAGGCUCAGGGAGAAGGCGCGUUCAACAUCCUGGGUCUCUGUCACCGAAGGAAGGUGAAGUGUACGACUACUCCGAACGCAGUUUCGCUGCGCGGCGGUUCACCUCACAGCGGCGCGUCAACCCGACCUCUGGCAGUCCUACAACCGUCACGGACGACGGGGACUCCGACGCCGCCCGCUCGCAUCGGCGGCCUCCCGCGCAUAUGCCUGCGUGGUCCUCCAUCUUCCCUGGAAUGAGUGCACGCUUGGGCGCCACCCUCCGCCCGGGCCACUCUGUCGGCAGUGCGCUGCUCCUCCUCGGAUAUGCUGUGCUUAUGCUGUUUGUUGGGCUUGAGGGCGGCAAUCCGUUCGUGGAGUACGUUCCUGCGGGUUGGGUGGCGGCAAGUCAGUUGCCCGUGGUGUUCAUCUUGGGAACGAAGAACAACUUGUUGGGAGUACUGUUAGGCAAGGGCUACGAGAAGCUCAACUAUCUACACCGCUUUGUCGGACGCUUCGUAUUCCUCGCUGCCAACGUGCAUUCACUUGGAUAUUUGUACCAAUGGAGCAUUCAAGGCACUCUGGCGCAGAACCUUACACCAAACAUCAUUUGGGGCUUUGUGGCACUAGUGUGCGCGGACAUCUUGUUUUUCCUGUCUCUCCACGAGCUCCGUGAAGUGCUAUAUCCACUCUUCUAUUUCUCGCACGUCCUCGCCGCCAUAAUCAUCCUUCCAGCCACUGCCUUGCACGAGCGCAGCACAACACCCUACGUCAUCACUGCCCUCGUGCUCUACCUCUUCGACCGCCUCCUCCGCAUCGCCCAAACGCGCCUCACGCACGCACACCCCCGCGCGCUCCCCGUGCUCGGCACCGUCCGCCUCACGCUCCCGACGCUCAGCACGGGCUGGCGCGCGGGCCAGCACGUGCGUGUGAAGGUGCUCUCGACGGGCAUGGGCUGGUGGGGCUGGGCAGAGAGCCAUCCGUUCACGGUCGCGUCGUGCGCGGAGGACGGUGGGCGAGGGAGUGAAGGUGAGGGGCUGGUGCUACUGUGUAAGAGCGCGGGGAAGUGGGGCGAGAGGCUGAUGGAGCUGGCGAGGAGGGCGGAGUAUUGUGAAGCGGGGGGAGGGAGUCCGCGCGUGCGGGUGCUUGUUGAUGGGCCGUUCGGCGGACCCGGGCAUGCUGUCAUUGCCAGCUACUCCGCGGCACUGCUCGUCGCGGGUGGAAGCGGGAUCUCGUAUCCCCUCGCCAUCGCGGAAGAACUGCUUCGUGACGCGUCGUACGGCGCAAGUCGCGUGCGGCUCAUCAACCUCGUCUGGAGCGUGCAAGACACUGCCUCGCUCGACCCUAUACUUCCCCAAUUCACCCGCCUCCUCCGCACCGCCCGCCACACAGGCACACACCUGCGCAUCUCGCUCUUCCACACCCGUGCCACGACUUCGACAGAGCCCAAGCUCUCCCCCUCCGCGCGGUUCCUCCCACAGGGCCUCACAGUGCGCGCGGGGCGCCCUCCGCUCGCGAGCCUCCUGUCGAGCGUGGUCAACCGCACGCUGGAGGUGCACAAAGCGUCGGUCGCGUGGACGCCGCAGGCGGGCUCCGGGGAGGCGCAGGAGCGCAGGAGCCCGAGCGGCGUGUUCGUGGGCGUGUGUGGGCCGCGUGCGCUCGGCGAGGACGUGGAGAGGCUGGUGAGGACGUUUGGGGCGCGCGAGGAGCGUGCGGGGAGUGUGGGCGGGGUGGAGUGUCAGGUGGAGGUGUUUGGGUGGUGAGGGCUGUG